AUCAACCAAAGCAAACAAAAACUGAAAGAAGCAGAAACAAGAAAACAAGAAAGCACAACGUUACAAGUGAUCCAAAUGGAUUUCGGAAGGUUUCCGAUAAUCUCAAUCCUCGAAGACAUGCUCGAAGUCCCCGAGGAACACAACGAGAAGAACCGCAACAACAAUCCAUCGAGAGCAUACAUGCGCGACGCAAAGGCGAUGGCGGCUACACCAGCUGACGUGAUGGAACAUCCGAACGCGUACGUUUUCGUGGUGGACAUGCCUGGAAUCAAGGGAGAAGAGAUUAAGGUUCAGGUGGAGAACGAGAAUGUGCUUGUGGUGAGUGGAGAGCGGCAGAGAGAGAACAAGGAGAACGAAGGUGUGAAGUAUGUGAGGAUGGAGAGGAGGAUGGGUAAGUUUAUGAGGAAGUUUCAGUUGCCUGAGAAUGCAGAUUUGGAGAAGAUCUCUGCUGUUUGUCAUGAUGGUGUUUUGAGAGUGACUGUUCAGAAGCUUCCUCCUCCUGAGCCAAAGAAACCGAAGACUAUUCAGGUCCAAGUUGCUUGAGUUUGUGGAAUGUAAUUGGAUGUGAGAGAGUGAGUGAUGUGUGUUCAGGAUGAAAUAAGAGUAUUUGCUCUGUUCUGUGUUAUUCUUCUCGUUGUAUUUUCUAAUUAAUGAAAGUUGGUUUUAAGUAUUUUCCAUAUUGAGGUAGGCGCCAAUGGUAAUUGACAGCAGUUCGUAUAAACGGAAGUUCAG